GCACAGACACAGCAAGCCUUGCAAAAUACCUCCUGCAUAACUCAGCACAAACACUAGACAUGGAUUUUCGUGGCGGUGACCACCCAAAACAGUGCCAUUUUUAGACGUUUACUGCUGACGUUUACAGAGGCUUCAAAUAGCUUCCGUUGUACACUGGUAGUGAUUGGACAGUCCUGUACUUGAGUGAGCUAACAUACUGGUUGAACAAGUCCGACAUUCUUCACUUCAAUGGAGGAACAGCCCAAAGAUCGGGCACAAGACAGGCAAUAUCACCACCGCGGAGAGGACAGACACUCUAUUCAACAUACAACUUGUCUAAAAAAUGAUCAGAGCCACCUCCAGUGCCAGCAUCAGGAAACGCAGACGAAGAAAACAGGCAAUAAAAAAGUAAACAUCAGUGACGAGGAGGGGGAGAAGAAUCUGCAUCUGUCUGAUACUGUUGGAAUGUCGCAUCCCCCCAACAGCAAUGGUAACAGACACAUAAGUAAUACAAAUGUGAAACAGAAGUCAACGCAAAAGCUGUACACGACUGUUCCAAAAGUGAGCAGCAAAGGAUUGGACCAUAAGAAGAAUAUGGACCUUAAAAAUGACAAGGAAAAGGCCUUGGAUUUGACUCACCACGAGGGCCAGCCUUUGGAUAAGAAAGACUCUGUGUUGCUUCAAAAUGGCGUUGUAAACUGUGGCUUAAUUACAAAUGGCUAUUCUAGCAAGGACAAUGAUGGCAGCGGCUCCGAAGGUGGAUAUACUACUCCGAAGAAACGCAAGACCAGAUGUAACAACGCCAAGAACACUGAUAAUGUGAUAAGAGAAAAGGAGAAAGACAUGCAGCAGGGCAACAGUACACAGGAGCCGGGGGCUUUUAAUCUCGAGACAAAUGAGAAAGGAAUGACCUCCAGACUCGAUGGUUUUAGAGCCAGUCAUAAAGUGGAAGCUCAGUCAGCAGCUAGAAGGGCUGUUGUGUCAGAGGCUUCAAUGGGUGAAUCUCAGAGGAAAAACUCUGACGGCAAAACUGUUGGCACCUUUGGUAAAAAAUCUGAGGAAAGGCACAAAGGCAAGCUUUCCUCACCUUCAAAAGAGGACUCAUGGACUUUGUUUAAGCCCCCUCCAGUAUUUCCUGUGGACAAUAGCAGUGCUAAAAUUGUUCCCAAGAUCAGUUAUGCAAGUAAAGUAAAAGAGAACCUCAACAAAGUAGCUCAAGGUGGAGGAGAGGCACUGCCUCCUCCUGUUCGACUGUCACAGGUCCCUAUGUCUGCUAUGAAAACUAUCACCUCAGCUAGCUUUACUAAUGGUCCUGUUUCUGGAAAUGGAAACGGCUGCCCAUCAGUGGGUACCUUCAUUGCUCCUGCUGCUAGUAGUAUUCCACCAGCCCCAUCUAUCCCAAGUGGCGAGAAUGUAGCAUCUCCUUUGGAAAGUAACUGUAGCUCUACAACCAGUCCUGUAGAUGGAGAAGCAUAUGAGCUUAGAAAGUGUACUCUUUUAAUUUACCCUUUAAAUAUGCAACCUGUGCUCCCUAGCGCUCGUCACCUUGACCCACCGGCUGCUCAGACAAAUCAGAAAGCCCUGGGAGACAUCUUCCAGAAUCAGUGGGGGCUUUCCUUCAUCAAUGAGCCCAACCUGGGCCCAGAAGGAGGAAAUGGGCAGGCGUCUGCAGAGGACAAGACUACUGUGGUCACAUCGCAAAGCGAGUGUGAGGCUGCGGCAGCCAAGGCUGCUCAGCCCUGCUUUGAUGUUAGCCCAUCAUUUUUAGAGCCUGGCACUUUGGCUCAAGACCCUGAGAAAAGGACUUGUAGCCCUUGCAAUGUGUCUAAUGCUUGUUCUCCUGCUUGUGUGAUGGUCGAGGAGGAGAACAAGCUGCCGCCAUGUGGCCAGGAAAAGACAAAAGUAGAGGCCAAGGGUGCAGGUUCUGCUGUGCCGGCCUCUAGUAAAGACAACGGUGCUAAGCCUGCACAGGGCCAGCUAACCACUUUGUUGUUUGGCUCAUCUAAAGAACAGGCUCACUCUAAAGACAUUGGCAGGCGGUGUAGCUGGGGAUCCUUUGAUGUUAAAGCUGCUGUCACUUAUCACACUAAAGAAAUGGAAUUCAUUUUCAACUUGCGAAAACAAGAUCCAAAAAGAGUAGUGUUUUACGAUGCGACAAAGGAUGGACCUGAUCAGUGAGGUAGAUCGUCUACAGUACUUACCUUCUUCUCUUCUGGGUGCUGCAGUUAUCUACCUUGGAAAUCACAAAUCCUGUUGGAUAGAUAAAAGUGACAACUGUGAAAACAUUGAUAGUUUAGCAUGUCAGAUUUUCCUUGGAAUCUCGGGUGGAAUAACAGACUUGUUUGGGGGCAUCAGAAAAACACACAUGCACACACACACACACAUAAACACACACACACACACACACACACACACACACACACACGCUCUGGAUGGACGUUAAAGGAGUUGAUUGGUGCCUCUCCAACAUGAUGAAUGGACUCUUGCAACUUUGAGCUGUGAUAGUCGUUUGUCUCAUGGCUCUUUAGGGAUAAUGUUCGGGAGUUCAACAAAGGAAGGUGUCGUGGACUGCACCUCCCUAAGCCUUUAUCCUGUUGAACUGUGGCAGCCGUCAGUCUGACUAUGGGAUGCCUCAGUCAUUUUCUUUCUUCACGCGUUCAAAUGAGUUCAUUGUAGAUAUGUUAGACGUUAUACAUACACAUCCGUGUGCAAGCUUGAAUUCAUUGUGAAUGAAAGGAGAAGACACUUUGCAAAGAAUGCCUUCAAGUUGUGGAAGAAACGUCUUUGGAGUCCUGUUAAACUGUAAGUUAAGUGGAAGCUCAUAGGUGAGGCCCCAUCCAGGAAGGGAGAACCUUGUCUUAAGUCCUUUAGGGAAAAAUCAGAGCCCAGAAAUGAAAUGCUCGCUUUUUCUGUUAUGCUGUCUCAUCUGACCCAACAUCAUGAGUAUUAUCUGCGUUGCAGUGUGAACCCCAGAGCACAGGUACAGAAGUGCCCAAUGUGAAGGAAAGCCACGCCCCUUCAUUUCAUUGUUUGUUAGGUGUGUUAAUUGGUUUAAAACCAGGUCUCUGUUCAAUUCAAAACCUUUUAAUCUUGAAUCUUCUCAUACAUUUCAUGACUGUUCAUACACCCAGGGUCAUACACCUUCUAGUAUCUGAAUGGUGAGCUUCACGAUGAGCUCACACAGAACAAGAGACAUUGCUUCCAGUGAGGUCUUCUGUGUCUUGUGCUCUCUGUUCAGCAGCAAGACUCAGGAUGUCGACACAUAUUAUUUUGCCUGCAUUUCUGUUCAAUUCCUCUUGUCAAAGGAACAUGUUGCAUUUUACGACUCUGAUUUUAUUUUUGUUUUUUUUCAGCAUUUGGUCUUUGCUUUUCUGCCUUAGGGCAUUGUAUUUCCUGCAUGUUUACUUGUGGAAAUGAAUGAAUCAGAGGUUCAUCGCCACGCAAAGAUAACAGUAACACAACAGUUGCAAUACUAAUCAAGGUUCCCCCGACUAGCCACUUUGUCAAACUGUGUCGAAAUGUGAAGAUAAGUUAGAGUUUUAUGUUUUACUGUGGAUAACAUUUUACGUUUGCAAACCAGUGUGCAAUAACACCGUGUGAUCCAUGCGUGUGAAAUGGGUUAUGUGGAGCUACAAAAAUUCUCACCCAAGAUGCUGGUGCGGCCUGCAGUUCAAGUCCAGUUUGUUCGAGAUGUUUAAGGCGCGUGUUCAAUUUGUUGCACAAAUUCUACAUUGAUUUUAUUUUUUAUUUUUUGUUGGAAAUAAACAAAAAAACAAGCUCACGUUGAAAGAUUUCCUUAAGCCUAGGGAGCCCAAAUUUACUAACUGCUAACUGGCCAGCUGUGACAUCACUUUUCUCACCAUCUCCAAAUCAAGAUCGGUUUAAUCAACAUAACAAAGGAACUGUCUGGGUUUCUUUCCUCUAGAAGCUAUGAUUUGGUUAAUGUGUGGAUUAAUAGCACUUUAUGUAAACUAAUUGCUUUUAUCUUAUAAUUACUAGAAAAAAAAAAUCUAUAUGUACUGACAAGAAAUACUCCUUGAAAGAAUGGCUCUGGGCUGUUACUUUUCAGAAAAAAAGUUGCUAAAUACAGAAUUAUUAAAUGUAACUCAGGUAGUGUUGAUAAAGCCAUGACUGUGUUGAAUAUUGUUUUUUUUUUGCCAAAUGGCCCGUCAUGUAACGUUCUCCCAUUUGGAAAUGUUCGAUUGGAGUCCUACACUACAGAGUCUCAUAUGAUGUUGUGACAACACACCAAAUAAUUACUUUUGAGGCGAACUGUCAUGGCGUGCGAGGUGCUGUCAUUGAUCAUUUUGGGCUCUGAAAUAAGUUUGUGUUUAUUUUUCCCCCCUUUUUAAAAAUUUUUAUUUGUAAAAGAAGCACAUUGCUCCAUGCGCUGUUUUCUUUCUAUACUAGACCGCAAUCUUCCUGCAAUGUUUUCGAUGGUUCAUUUUCUCCUCCGUGUGUUCGUAGCGAAGCACCUCUUGAUUUAUUAACACCGAACAUCAGCGCUGUGUUCUUCGGGGGUCGCUGUAAUCUGGAUACGAGCUUUCAAGUACACUUCUUUCCGCUGUGUCCUGAUUAGGCAGCAGAAAGAAAGUGGUAACUGCAGCCGUGGGUUUUUUUGUUUUUUUUGUACAAGUCGUCUUGACAUUUAACUUCCACGUCCAAUCACAGUCAGCUCUCUGGUAUUUAAAAAGCUUUUGUUUUGGCUUCCGUUGCGCGGCGUGUGAUGGAUGAGGCGCACCGUCAGACGCUGCCCUCUGAGUAAGAACAGUUGUGUUGGAUGUGGUCAGCGAGGAGAUAUUUAACCAUUAGCAUUUUUACGUUGUGGAAACUGACAUUCAAUCUGACAUAGAAACAGGCCUCCCUCAUAAUCCACAAACAAAGCGACAUAAUCAGGUUACCACAUGCCAAAUUGUUGAAAGUAUUAUCAGUGGACAGCGAUGCAUCUGUAGGCUUCUAAAUGUAAAACAGGGUGAUCAAAAUGAGUAGUAUGUGAUGUUACUGUAGUCUUACAAUGAAUACCUUUUUUUUUUUUUUUUCUUUUUGUCUUGUGUUUCUUUGAGAGGACAGUCCUGGUACAGGGAAAUCAGAGAAUCCCCUAACCUCCCACCCCAAGGCUCCUCUUUUUCAAGCACUUAAUACAGCACCGAGGCUAUGCUGAAUAUGCAUUUAUUGAGAUAGAACUAUGAUUUAGAGUUGUAGCCUGCAAACCAAAAACAGGUUCUUGAAGCUGAGUAGAUGAGUGAUUCAGGGGUGGGGGUGGGGGGGGAGGGCGACUGACUGACUGACUGACUGUUGGUGUUGUUGAGAAAGAAAGAAAGAAAGAAAGAGAGGGAAAAAACAAAUUAUUAUUAAAAUAAAAGCCUGAUCAUGUGGAGUUUUCUAUUUCCACCCCCUCAGGAUGUGCAAUCACCUCAAGGAUGCAGGCUUCCAGGUUGCGAGUGGCAAGUUUGUUUGUUUGUUUGUCGGGUGUGUGCAUAGCAAGUUCUUCCUAUUAUAUGCAAGUUCCUCGUAUAUUUCAAAAAAAAAAAAAGAAGAAAAAAAAAGUCCCCCCUCUCCCUCUCUCUCCCCCUCCUCUGUUGUUUCAUGUUCAGGUGCCUGUGUGGGAAAAGGAAAAAAAAAACAAAACAGAAAAACAACAACUUUUACAGCAAUUUUGAUUGUUUCAAAUCUGCUUCCAGCAUAUAUCCGUGCCAUCUUUUUUUUUCUUCUUCUUUUCUUUUCUUUUUUUUUGUAACAUUUGCGAUGCUGUUUAAGUUCUCUUACAGCUAAUCCUAAUUUUCUUCCUUUUUAAGCGACAUGGACGCAGCUGAAAGCAAUUUUUAUGUGUUUUGUAGGUUUUGAAAUUUUUAACGGCUUGGAAAAUUGUGUGACGUUAAGAAAAAGAAAAAAAAAAAAAGAAGCCAAAAUGGGUUUGAAUGGGGAUGGAUGACGGAGAACUGCUUGCUGGUGUAUACUCAUGCCAGUCCAUUGUCGAGAUAAUGUCUGAAGUAGCACAUAAUUAAUUUGAACUGAUUUAACAAAUUAAUCUUUUAACAUAUGUUUUUAAAAUACUUUUUUUUUUUUUGAGUUAUAACCUAAUUUAUCCAUAGAUGCACACGUAGGAUGAGACUAAAAGGAAUAAACGAUAAA